CAGAGGAAAAAAAGAAACAUUGAGGAAGGAAAAUUGAGAAAAACAAAGAAAAUCAAGAGCAAAAGUGGAAAUUUUCGCGUUUUGGAAGGAUUGACACCGAUUGGAAUGCUCGCAGAGUGAAUUGUGCAAGAAAAAACGUGAAAAUAUGAAAAUUUAUUAAUUUCGCAAGACCUUCACGAUGAAUGAGUCAGAUACGUUUAGUCGAUUUAAGUGGUUUUCGUCGUUGUCGCGCCUCAAAAGUGACUACAAUGCGACCUCGGAGCAAAGUAGCAACAAGAAAACCGUCAAUAUCUUCUACACAAUCCGACGAAAGUUGCAAAAACGGUACAAUACAACGCGAAAAGUCAAGGCAUCCGAGUCACAACACAACAACAGUGUCGAGGAAGCAGCUCGAAUUGUACUCGAAAGCGACAAUGUCGCGCCCACAGUUGCGUCUUCCUGUGAUAGGGCGUUCGGGAUCUUUCCGCGGGACGACGAAUCGCCCGAAAUGCGUGCCAUCAAGAAGGAGCUGGCUCAAUAUGGAUGGUAUUGGGGCAAUCUCAAACGCACAGACGCUCAAAAAAAGCUAAAAGGCAAGGAAAACGGCUCAUUUCUCGUGCGAAACUCGCAAACGGAGAAGAAUCAAUUUACGCUGAGCUUCCGUUCAGCUGGCGUUACGCUCCAUUGUCGCAUCAACUUGGAUGAAGAUAACCAAUGGUCCUAUAUCGAGGAAAGCAAAUUCGCAUCUCCGGUCGAACUGAUACUCGAAACGAUGCGCCGCUCGGAAACGGGAGUUUUUGGCUUCGUCAAACAAGAUUCGAAGAUGCAACCGCCAUUUCCCGUGCGAUUAACGAACCCCAUCAAUCGCUUUUACGAGGUCACGUCACUUCAGCAUCUCUGUAAAAACCAAAUUCGUUCGCGUAUCCAUCAAACGGAGACCAUCGAGCAACUUCCGUUACCAAAUCAACUGAAAGAUUUCCUCCAAAGUGAUAGUUACGAGCCAUAAAAAUGAAAAAUAUUAGAUUUAAACCACAAAAAAAUGGAGUUCCAAAGAUAUUUUCUCCCCCUCGGAUGCGUUUCACGGGGAGAUUUUUCGUUUUUCGUGUCAAAUUCCUUCGCUCUAUCGUUAUUUUCGGGAUCUUUUGAAGCAAUAAGAACUUUUUUUUCUUACUUUGUACUAUCGUUAGGUUAAUUUUUAGAAUAAUUUUUAUUGAUAUUGAAUUUUUUAUGUUAAUUAUCACCUAAAAGUAUUAU